CUAUCCUCUACCACCUACACUGCUUCCAUACUUGCGCCUCAUUGCGCUUGCUUGGAGCUCAUAUGCCAGGUGGCUCGAAAUAGCUGCAGAACUGCUCUUUCUGGGAAUCACACCACCAUAGUAGAGGAUGAUAAGCUGAUGGAAGUGGGAGGUUUGCGUGCAAGACUAGGUAUUGCAGUGGGAGUAAGAGCCGGAGAGAAGAAGGUUUUGCAGAACACUGAUGAAUUUUUCAAGCAACGUGAGAAAGAGCUGGACAAGAUCGAAUACUACCAAGAAAUAAGGCUCAAGGAUCUUAGCCUGGUCGGGAACCAAGGUGGUAUCAUCUUCAGGGCACUACUUGUCAGCAUAACUUCUGAUUAAUCAGAGAUGAGAGAACCUUAACAUGUGAGAGCCAAAGUCGAUGUAUGUAUUGCUAGAG